GUUUUGUCGACAGCCACAACACAUUACGUUGCUGGUAACCAUGCAUAGUGUUUACUGCGCCUUGAGCCUGUAACAGUUGUGCUUAAUAAACUCUCUCAAUUGCAACUAUAAGCCAGCAAUCAAACUUGACAUCAGUUCUCAUCCCAAGCUGUCCAGUUUACCGGGGCCAUCAGUUCUUAGUGCAAAAUUUACUGCAUGUAUAAUGGACAGCCCUUGCCGUUGCCUACUUCAAGAACAUGAACGGAUGACAACUUGGUGUCACAUUGGCUGUCACUUGACUUACAUGUAAGAGGACAGAAUAAGUUCUUCUACACACUCAGAACUUCAUUUCCUUUUAAAUUGGAAGUGCUCAACAAAUACCUGCAGUUAUCCUCACCAGUCAAACUUGUCUUGGUUGAUUUUUGUCCUCAUCUGCAAACCACUCUUUUGUCCAGCUCUUCAUUCAGUGAGCAAACUCCUGCUUUGUUUCUCCACCCCUCCCAUGUACACGUAUAUCUGCACUGGACACUGGACAAUCACAUCUAGUGUUAUAAGACACUGCAUUAAAUACACACCAGCAGCAAGACUCAGUGUCCAUCAUGUGGUCGUACCCCGCAAAUGUCACUGUCUAUGCCCAAGCUACAACGUCCCUUGCUCAGCUGGACAUUCUGGUCUGUACCUUCUUCACCUGUGUCUUCCAUAACCACAGCGAUGACUGUUCUGUGGCCUAUUCCCUUCCUGAGAUGGACCAUCCACUGAUCUGGAAUGUCAGGGGACCAGCCCCCGGGGCACCGAUGAACGAGUCCUACAGCGCGCAAAGCAACGAGACGUACAAACUGUUCAACCACGUUAUGGACAUCAUUGGAUUUGAGAAUUCGGCAGAGGCUGACGAGAAUGUGUAUUUAAAUGGAGAGACUGUAUUGUAUGGUUUUGUCCUGCCUGUCCUGAAACUAUUGGGGAUCCUAUCCAUUCUGUCUUUUUUCUUUACCCUUUUCAGAGUUCCCUCCAUGCGCAACGUCACUAAUUUCUACCUGGGUAAUUUGGCUGUUGCAGAUUUGAUAGUCUUGUUUACAUUUGGCACUCAUCAGCAAUGCUUGGCUUUGACAACACAAAAUGAAUUGGAUACAUCAUUUUUUGGGAACUCAGCCCAAGCAGUUGUUACUCUCUUAGUAUACAUGGGGUGUGUGGGUUUUACUUCAUCUUUAGCCUUUGUAACACUGCUGUCAUAUGAAAGAUAUUUUGCCAUUUGUUACCCUUUCCAACAUCGUAAUCUCAAUCUGAAACGACGGGCAAUACGAGCAGCAGUUUGCAUAUGGUUUCUGUCAUUAUGCAUAAAUUUGAUUGAUUUCUUUAACAAGUUUCUGGAAAUGAAUGUACCACCAAUCAAAUGUCUUGUUUGGCCAAAUGAGGAAAAGUACAAACAUCUAUCAGGUAAUCUGCAGGUGUUCAUGGUUAGUGAUGAAACUUUGAAUCAGGUACGUAAUGGCAUUUCUCUCUGUGUAUUCACGUUGAGUUUGAUCCUCACAGUCAUUUUCAAUAUCCUCCUAAUUAAGGGACUGCAUCCACCAAAUCCAACUGGUGAUCAGAUCCAAGGUCCAUCAAAACAUCUACGAAGAGUGACUCUGAUACUUGGCAUCAACACAGCCGUGGUAUUUGUUUGUUUUCUGGUCCAUAUUGUAACUGUCCUAAUUUUAAUUUUAUCGCUAAACUUGGAAGAAGUAACUGUAUCUUACGAUGUUCAAAUUAACUUGAUUAUGAUGAGUGAUUGCCUCUUAGUCAUCAACUCUUCCAUUAAUUCAGUCCUAUUCAAUGCUGGUAGUGGAAGGUACAGGAAGGCUUUUAAGCAAGCCUUCUGCUGCAGAAAGAGGCAGCAAGUACCAACAAACAAUAUCCCUCUGCAGACAUUACCAAGAGCAGAUCCUGCUGAUAGGAUCAGAUCAUAAGAUCCAAAGGCAAAACUGCCCCAUAUAAAAAGAAAAAAAUGUAAUGCUCUCUUCCAAAAGGUUUUUGUAACAUGGUAACUUCUAAAAAUUCUACAAUAAUUUACUGUUCUGUCAUUAAUUUAUUGUUCUGAUAUUAAUUGUAAUUUAUUUAUCUGUUAAUCUUCUAAACAAAUUAUUUACACUGAUAUUUGCUGCCUUUCAGUUGGAGAGGGGGGCAUGAUUAAAUUUGGUUGAAAGAAAUAAUUUAACU